GUAGGUUGGAGUGUGGAGGCGUGGAGUUAAGAGAGUUGAGAGCAGAAGUCGAGCUUCUAGUGCCAUUGCCUGAUGGUAAGCCUGGGGAAGAGCAGAGAGAGAGAGAGAGAGAGAGAUGGCAUCCAUCUAGCUGUGUAUUUUCAUUAUCUUGCAGUUAUUUUGAGAUGAUUUUUGCUGAAAUCCCAAGCUUUCAUUUAUCUCUGCAUUGAAGGUUUAAUCUUCCAAUCUGUUUUAUCCAUUGUUGUUGCUGCUGGCUCAAGAUCAUCUAGGGUUUUGACUGGCGUGGUUCAUUAAUUUUUUUCCCUCUUAAUUCUGCUGCUACCCGGUUGCCUUUCGUUAGAGCUUUAAUUACCUAAAAGACGAUUUUUUCGUUUCAUCAAUGUCAACGAUUGUCCAUUCCAUUUUUCGUUUUAUAUCGACGUCAUACGGUUUCAGAAACCCAAGGUAUAUUAUUACUCAGAAGCGCAUGCUUGGGAGUACUUCUGCUGCUGAUAACUACUGGAAUCUCUUGCAGAAAAAUGAUUCUGGAUCAGGUUUAGAGCGAAAUUUAGGAAAAACUAAUGGAAAAUUAGAUGCUUUGUGUGUCGAAGAUGUUCUGCGGAGGUGCUCCUCUGAUCGAGCAAUACUGGGACUGAGGUUUUUCAUUUGGGCGGGCCUUCAAUCAUAUUAUAGACAUAGCAGUUUGAUGUAUAACAAAGUUUGUCAAUUAUUUGAGAUUGAUCGUAAGCCACAAUUGCUGAAUGAUGUUUUAGAAGUGUAUAGAAUUCGUGGUUCUUUGGUUACUGUGAAAGUGUUUAAAGUGAUUUUAAAUCUCUGUAAAGAGGCAAAGCUCGCAGAAGAGGCUUUAGGGGUAUUGAGGAAAAUGGGAGAGUUCAAUUGCCGACCUGAUACUUCUUCCUAUAAUGUUGUUAUACGACUCUUCAGUGAGAAGGGAGAUAUGGAUGUGGCAUCUGGACUAAUGAAAGAGAUGUCUAUGAUUGAUCUUUACCCUGACAUGCUAACUUAUAUCGAGAUGAUCAAGGGCUUCUGUAAUGUGGGUAGGUUCGAGGAAGCCUGUGGGCUUUUCAAGGUUAUGCACACUCAUGGUUGCGUUCCAAGUGUUGUGGCUUAUUCUGCAUUGCUUGAUGGAUUUUGUAGGGCUGGUAAUAUGGAGAGAGCAAUGGAGUUAUUGGGGGAUAUGGAGAAAGUGGGUGGUGAUUGUUCACCAAAUACAGUUACAUACACUUCUGUGAUACAGAGUUUCUGUGAGAAGAGAAGGUCAACAGAGGCACUAGGAUUUUUGGAUCGAAUGAUGGCUCAUGGAUGUCGUCCAAAUCGAGUUACAAUUAGUACUUUGAUUAAGGGUCUCUGUGUUGAAGGUCGUAUAGAGGAGGCUUAUAAGCUUGUAGAUAAAGUUGUUGUGAAUGGGAGUGUUUCAAGUGCUGCAUGCUAUAGUUCUCUUGUAGUUUGCUUGCUGCGAAUAAAGAACAUAAAGGAGGCAGAGAAACUCUUUAGAAGGAUGUUAAAUAAUGGAGUGCAGCCUGAUGGGUUGGCUUGUAACUGUAUGAUGAAAGAGAUUUGUUUGGAGGGACGGGCCAUGGAUGGAUUUGGUUUGUACUGUGAAAUGGAGAAGUUCAACUCUCUAGAUUCUGUGGACUCUGAUUUUUACUCGGUUCUUUUAGCAGGACUUUGUCAUGAAAGUCAUCUGUUGCAAGUUGCAGAGGUUGUUAAUGCAAUGAUCAAGAAGAGGUUUCGAUUGAAAACUCCUCAUCUUGAUGUUAUGGUUGAAUGCCUGGAGAAAUCUGGUCAAAAGGAACUUGCUUUGCAUCUUGCAAAACUUGGGACAUAGGGGGUGGGGAAAGAUUUUCAAGGUUUUCAAUUCUAAAUCUGUAUAGAGAUUCCAUCUAUUUGUUUGUCCAGGUUUUCUUCACUGAUUCAUUCGCUGAUCUCUGUAGUCUUUGUACUCUCAAAUGUUUGUUUUUGUGAAAUCACCAGUGACUAAGAUCACUAAACAAAACUUGGUUGACCCUGGAUUUUCUGCUUCUUUAGUACUAAGCCCUUUUGAUUCAGAUACUGAAUCUGACUCCAAUCAAACCCUUAAACCUGCAAGAACUUCUUCUGAACCUACGCUCACUACACCCAACCUCAAAACCAACCUUUGAUGAAGAUGGGGAAACAGAGCCUCUUCUGCUUCAUCUUCAUAUUCUUGUACUUCAGCACAAGAACAAAUACAAGAAUGACUUCCAUGACUCUGGAGGAUUAAAGAACCAGCCGUUCAAGAACUAUAAAACUAUGCCAACAAGGCUGAGUACGAACACUGUCAAUGGCUGGUUGAAUGCUGAGAAUAUCAAGAGGAUGCUAAUAACACUCUGAUUGCUUUGCAUAAGCUGGGAGAAAAUCAUGAGGACCCACAUGACUGCUGCUGAUAUUGAUCAAGAUCUCAAUCGGGAUUGCUCAGGGAAUGGAUUUCACAAUAGACAAGUUGAGGUCUUUGAUUGAGGCCCACGUUGAUGUGAAUACUACAGACAAUUAUGGUUUGAGAAUGUUCUAUGGUGGAUUCAUAAAGAGGCGAUCGAACCAGAUGAAGCAAACCUGUUAUGCAGAAAUAAGCCAGAUCUGGCAGGCAUUCUCUCUGCUAAUGCUGCUGCUCUGGCUUCAAUGAUAUCCUCACCAAGGGUGACAAAUGAUGUCGUUCAGAAGUCUGCUGCUGCCUUGAAGGGCUCUGACCACCACGGUGCUGCAAUGUGAGUAUCAGACUGGAUGCUCAGCAGAAGAAGCUGAAUCUUCCAAUCAUCAAGAAGUCGACAAUAUGAAGGACCUGAACCAGAUUGGGUGGCAAUGCUUGAAAGGGAUGUGUUAAAAGACGAGCCCUGGAGUUGGUUGGAGGAAUGAUGUUGCAUGGCUAAAUGAAGCCAAAAGACUUUUGGAAGAAGCUGUUCUCCUUCCUUUGUGGAUUGCCUAUGUAUUUCUAGGUAUAUACAUUUUCUUUGGAGGCUUCUUGAGAUCAUUGAGUGAUAUCAACAAGUAAUCCUAUCUCUCAAAGUGCCAAGUGAUUCAAAAGUCUCAGGUCAUUCGGAUUACUCUCUCUCUCUCUCUCUCUCUCUCUCUCUCUCUCUCUCGUUGAGAUUUAAGCCUAAUUCAAGGAUUUACAGGUCAUCUUUAGAAAGGGUGUGUGGAGCUUUGUAACAGUGGAGGAAAUGAUAAACAAGCUGGGUCUGUUCUCUGCUAACGAGACUGUCGGAAAUUUUUGAAAUCUAAAAUGGUCUAGGUGAAAUAUUUUACUUCCUUUACAUCA